AUGGCAUUGGCCAAUGACAGAAUUCCACGUGGCUCAAGCAUGAGCAGCAAGUUUCAAACUUGUGUUUUCGAUGAGACUGCUAGGGAGAUUACUUCUCUGACGUUUCAUGGGGUCAACGAGUACCAAAAAUCUGUGGUUGAAGAGGAAGAUUUCUCACAGAGCACUAACGGGCUAAGCAAUGGUUCAGCUUCAGCCAUAAUCCAUUCUCCUCCUCCAUGUGGCAGUGCAAACGGGUAUGUUUAUGAGACCAGAAAUUAUGAACUUGAAGAAGCAGAAACUCUGAUUAACUUCAAAGCCAAUGAGUAUAGCCACCUCAUGCAACGUAGCGAAUCUUUGCUUGACUUUCAGCAGAGCUGGCUGGUCUCCAACGAGAAAAAUUUGCACGAAGGUCAUAACCAAUGGAAUCAUAUUAGUCCUAGAAGCACCACAGACCUGUGCCUGGUGCAGGGUGGCUAUAGCUCAAUAUUCAAUAGUGCAAAAGAGAAGCAACGUGGUGAAAGUUCAUGUGGGUGGUUAUAUUCUGAACCAACUGUCCCUGGUGAUAGUAUCCAAGAUUUAGCAACACAAGAAUCGAUCUUGAGGAAGCGCUCUUCUAAGGAAAAGAACAUGCAAGCUGGCAAUGCCAAGAAGACAUGCACAACUGCAAGUAAAGCAGAAAAACCUAAGUCAAACCCAACCAAGGAUCCUCAAAGUGUUGCUGCCAAGAAUAGAAGAGAGAGAAUAAGUGAGCGGCUUAAGAUUCUACAAGAACUGGUACCCAACGGCUCCAAGGUUGAUUUGGUUACCAUGUUGGAAAAAGCGAUUAAUUAUGUGAAGUUUCUUCAGUUGCAAGUGAAGGUGUUGGCAGCUGACGAAUUUUGGCCUGUCCAAGGUGGAAAAGCUCCUGACAUUUCUCAAGUAAGACAAGCCAUUGAUGCCAUUCUUUCUUCCCAAAGAUGA